UUUAAGCGAAAGUAUAGUCAUUCAUAUUUUUGUUAAUUUAAGUAGUUUGGCUUAUCUAUUUAUAUUACACGUGGGUAUUAAAUAAUGGGUUCUACUGAUGAAACCAACAAAGUGUCCACCGUUAGUAACGAAUCUAAAACAGUGCGCAAAGUGAAAUUCAAACUGAAAGAUAGUGAUAAUGGAGUUUUACUUAAAAUUCAUCACACAGUUUCACAAAACAGACGGCUAUUAAGGAUUCGUUUCGUCAAUGCUUGCUUCAGCCACGAUAAUGAGAAACUUUUUGCUGUUGACCACAGGAGCAGCAUAUUCAUAUUCAGUUUAACUGGUUUGAAGUAUUGGGUAUUGGAGAACUGUAUAGUUUCAGUCACAGCGAUUGAGUCUAUUCCUAAUACGAAUCAAGUGUUAUUGGGGAAUAAAGAAGGCCUCGUCGUUUCGAUUGACACAGAUACUGGCAUCGAACUAAUGCGCUUGAAAGCUCACCAUACCCGAAUCGAACGGAUAUCCUUCCCAUCCUGGUUCGCAAAACAACAUCAAAAACAAGAGACACAACACCCACAAACAAAUUCGCAUCCAAGCCGAAAACAAGGAGCACGAUGCUUAGAAAAAGCCUCCGACUCGCACGGCACCCAGGACCAACAGACGGCUAAAUCGAGCAAAAACACCUUGAUGCCGAUGUUCCUUGUAACGGCAUCCGAAUGCGCCAAAUUGUACGAUGCGCGAAAUUUCGUGGAAUUGCAUCAACUGAAUUACGGGACGGCAGACUCAAUGAAGCGGAUCGAGCAUCUGCAGUGGGCGCCACGUGCGGGCCUAUUACUAGGUUGCGGACUGGAUGGCAGGCUGUGGCUCUGGAAAACUGACUUCAAACUUGCUAAAGAGUUGAAUCUGUUGAAGAUGAGAACCAGCUACUUGAAUAAGUUUCAAAUGGAAUAUGUUACGGUUACCUGCGACGAGGAACAACCGCUGCUCUGCGAAGGCCAGGAUGAAUCCAAGCGAAAAGUUGACCGAGUAAUCCAGAGCAUGACCGCUGAUGGACGUACCAAAGGGUUCGUGAAAUCGGCUCAAUUCACCCUUGGUGGAAAGUUUCUGAUGCUUAAUUGCAUGGACCACUCCUUGAUUAUACUCAAUUGUGAUUCAUGGCAGGUAUGCAAAAUUCUGGCACUCUCUGGUUUGUUCAUUACGCAUUUCGAAAUAGUACACGUAGACCGGCAGCAUUCAUCGCGAGCUAAGGCUCAAGAGUUUCUGAUGCUGGUGAAAAAUGUUGAGAGUGAUUUGCUGCUAAUGAAUUUGGAGGAUGGUUCCAAAAGUUACAUAGUGCACAGUCCGGAAAGCAAAUGCUAUAAAUUCCGGCUCUCCAACAAUAGCAAAAUGCUGGCCAACGUGCUGAAAAGCGGUGAAAUUUUGCUCCAUAAUUUGGAAUUCCAUUCGUGUGCCUUGAAAGCGAAUAAAUUACAACAGUCGGCGGUAGUAGUAAGCACACCGACAGGAAAAACACAUCCGCGACCAUCGAAAACAACUGCCAGCACUAGUAUCAUUGUCCAACGACAACGGCGAACGACCGGAGAACCAGCGACGAAUAGUAAUUUAGCUACACCCUCCAACGCAUCACUGUACACGGUUGCACCAGCAGCGACGGUUGCCUCUUCCGGUUCAACUUCGACCGGACAAAUAGUGUCCGUAUUCCGGAAGGAGAGCAAGCUCAAAAUAGAGAAGCGCUUGGAAGAAAUCCAUGAUAAGAUAUCGAAAACAUUGGUGAAAAAUAGACUCCUGCCUAUAUUGAAAGAGUUUGGCGAGUACCCUGAGAAGCAUCGUUCGACUAUCUGGCGUACCGUGCUCGAGUUACCGCAUAAUGUCAAUUGCUUCAAUGCACUGCUACUGCAAGGAUAUCACUCCUGUGUGGCAGAUUACGAUCGCAAAUUUUCCAGUUACGACAGCCGAAUGGUUCGGAACAUGAAAAAAAUUGUGUCUUGCUUGGCAAACUGGUCAGCGGUUUUCGCACAGUGUGAUUUUGUGCCUUUUUUUGUACACCCAUUUAUCCGACUAUAUCCGAAUGAUUCGCUUACGUGCUUCGAGACUGUUGCCACGGUGCUUCUAAACCACUGUCAGCUGUGGUUCGAAUUUGCUCCACUGGAACCGUUUAAUUAUUUGGGAAUGAUAGAGAACAUUCUGUGCGAGUAUGAGCCCAAGCUGAUGAAUUUUUAUCGUACUCGCCAUAUAUCUUCUCGAGUCUAUGGUCUGACGUUGAUGGAGACGGCUUUCGCGGAAAACUUCGACGCCAAUCAAUGGUUGCGUCUAUGGGAUCAUAUCCUAUCGAACGAGCCCUACUUCAUGCUGUUUUUCGUCGUUGCAUACAACGCCGGGCACCGAACGACUAUCAUCAAUUGCACGAAUGAAAAGGAUAUUGAAGUAUUUUUUCACGGACCAUCGCUGAUCGAUAUCGGCAAGCUGUUGAAAAGGACAUACGAUGUGGCAGAACGCUGCGCGGAAAGCAUUCAUCCAAAGUACUACAUGAAAUCGUUCGUACCACUCAACGGUAUUGCUGCGAACGAGGUCAAAAGCUCUAAUUUAGCGAGCCGCCAUAAACCCAACCAAUGUUAUAAACCCAAUCAGUUACGAAAUCUUGAUAAUAAAAACCCAGUCAAGAGCACGUAUAGCAAAUUCAACAACUUUCCGAAACAGCUGGUUGAUGUAAGAGCUGGUGAAAUAAAUUGCUUGAAAGCGGAACAACAGCGGUUGGAAGCGAAAAUAGUGGAAAUGGAAAAGCUCGAGCACAUGCUGAAAGACCGAAUGGUAGAUAACCUGAUUCAAGAGGAGCAUGACAAACGGAUGAAAGAGGUUGAAAGAAAAUACGAGGAAGCACUGGUUGGCGAGGAGCAGCGUAUAGAAAUGCAACGAAAGCUGCUGUUGCUCCACAAGAAGCAACUACGAGAACGGGAAAAUGAAAUUUUGACAGAGUCCAGGAAUUCGCUGCUCCGUCAGAGUGCCGCCGCACGAGAGUAUGAACUCGAGACAUUGCUGAAAACGCUGCAGCAGGAGAGACAACGAGAGGAAAUGGACUUCAUGUUCGCCGAAGAGGACAUUAAGCAGCGCGAAAUGGAACUGCUUGCUAGACGGUAUGACACCAACACCAAACUUACGGACGAUGGAUCUCUGGAGCAGCGAUAUCAACAGGCAAUCCAACAGCUGGAUCGCCAGAAGCAACGGUUGUACGAGGAAAUUGAACGGGUUUCGUAUUAUGAUUCUACAAGAUCCCUCGCUGCCCCUUCAUACAUAAACAAGUAUACAGACGGGACUUACAGCAUUACAACGGCUGGUUUGGAAAAGGGGAAGCAAACUAAGCUUAAGGAUUACGAAAGAAAUCUCAAACAUUUGGAUUCUCAGUUGGAAACAUUGUUUGAUAUUCAAGAGAAAUGAAUGAUGCCCAAUUAACUGGAGUAAGAAUAAGAGUUAUAUCAGAAAACGUUUUAAUGCUACUUUUAAGUUAAUUCUAAAUAAAAGUAUUAGUUCCAGCCUAAUAUUUUUUAGGGAUAUAAUGUACUUAGCUAGAUCAAUAGACAAGUUACCAACCAACCCACCACGUCACAUCAAGUUGGCAACGAUAAAACACCAAACAUCCUACAAACACUAUUUGGCCCGAAUCAUCAAAAAGCAUCAACCCCAACAACCACGUGAGCGACCGGCAAACGCAUAACAGCCUACAGCACAUUUACCUUUUGACGAUAAACUGCGGCAUCAACAAAAUAACAUCCGGACAACGACGACAACAGUGAUCGACCC